AUGGCUACUGAGGACUAUGAACUGGUCAAGACUAUUGAUGACACUAAAGAAGCUUCCUCCCUUAUUGUUAGAGUGAUUAGGAAGUGGUGCCAGCUCUAUAAGAGUCCCCCUCAUCAUUUAGCAUGUAUUAUGUUCGUUUUUAUAGAUGAAGAGGGCAAUAAGAUACAUGCUGAAGUCACAAACAAACAACUUCAUGAGCAGUAUAAGCGAGAGCCAUCUGAAGGAGACAUCAUUUACAUUGAAAAUUUCACAAUUUCACCUAACACAUGGCCUUAUAGACCCACAUCUCAUCCAUGGAGGCUGCAGUUCCAUCCUAACACUUACAUUAGACCUCAUGAUGCUGAGCUUCCACGCAAUUCAUUCAACUUUGUCUGUUUUACAAAACUUCACGAGGACAUGAAAAAAAAAGAACUUAACACUGAAGUUCUUAUUGAUGUCAUUGGCUUUUUGAAAUCAUUUGGUGAUCUGAUAGACUCAAGGACAGAUAAUGCAGCACAAAAUCGUUUAAGCUAUACUUUAGCAGAUGAAGAGGAUGUCACUGUUAACUGCUUAUUAUGGGGAGAGACUGCAACACAAACAUAUUGGGCCAAGCAGGAUGACAUGGACCCACCAAUUAUUGUAUUGAUGCAAUUUGCUAGGAUCAGUGUGAAAAAUGGAAUUUUGCAACUGUCAAACUCCUACACUGCUACUAGGAUCACCUUUAACCCUGACAUUCCAGAGGCAAAGGACCUACUUGAAAGGCUUCAACAGUCAACAAACACAUCAUCUCUUAGCUUUACACAAACAAUUCAGUGUGAAACAAGUCAAAAUUCUUCCCUUUCACUUCUACAAUUUCCUGACAGAUUCCCAAUAUCACAUAUUGCUCAUAUUGACGAGGAAAAGGAAUUUCUGAUUAAGGGAACCAUCAAGAAACUACAAACAGGAAAUGGUUGGACUUAUGAUGGUUGUGACAUCUGCACCAGUAAACCAAUGGAGCAAAACAAUAAACAAUUUUGCAAUAUCUAUUUCGAAUCCACUACACCAUCUCUGAUGCCUCUGGAUAUAUAUCAGUUGUCUUCUUUGAUAGACAUGCUGUGGAACUACUCUACACAACCGCUACUUGUUACUGGAUUUCUUCCAACAGCUUUACUUUUUUCCACCAUGUUAACUUUAAAGCAAGCAAAGUUGCAUUCCUUUCCCAAGCAACUUAAUUCUCUGGUUGGAAGAACUAUGGUCUUGAAGGUCAAAGUAACAAAGUACAAUAUUCAGCACCGCAUGACCAGUCUAAGUGUAUCUCAGUACACAGAGAAUGAGAACUUGCUUUCCAAGUUUACCUACACAAUUGAACAGGAAAUGGCUCCUUCAUUCAUUGUAAAUUCUGCUGAUAACUUGCAACAGAUUGCUUCUUCACAAGUUUCAGACACAAUGUCAUUCCAGACAACACCAACACAAUCCACUACUUCUGCUGACCAAGAUACAGCACAUGAGCAAGGAGAAAAUGAUGACAUGCCAAUUGCACAGCUGUUCACUACUCCAACAACUAAGGGAAAGAAAAGACAUGCUGUCAAGAAAGAAACUUUAAAAGAUCACUGCCCAGGCAUCUCAGAUAUGCCAACACCUUUUUUCUCCACAACCAAGCCACGCAAAACAAUCAAGCAAGAGAAGAUAUAUUAG